CUGUUGUUGUUUUUGCUCGGGGCGUUUAAACUAUUUCCCCUCCCGUCGCUGUAUAUAAGAAAUUAAACAAUCGCGAGUGCUGCUGCAAUAAUUUACACCGCCUUUACAUAACGCGCAAAGAUGUAACAAGAGCCAGGCGUGGAGAAAAGCGCGUGCGAAACGUAUGGCGAAAAACCGUGGCAGCAGCAGCACGAAAACGGGGCGAAGAGGCGACCACCAACAAAAAAAAAACGGCGUACAAAAUCCAUAAAUGGAUAAAUAACCGAAGACGGCGAGUCUACGUUCAAUCUGUGUUCCUAUUUAGUGCUUAUUAAUUUUGCAAUUACCGAGCUGCAAUUGAGUAGUCCCACCGAUCGAACGCAGGCGGCGGCGGCUUUGGCAUCGGCAAGGAGGCGCAGGAGGAGAACAAAGGCUUCCUGGGGGUCUCUUGGCCAUGUCAUGUGGCGAGAACUGCGACAGCUGCUGCCACCAUCAUCACCAUCACCACCACCGACCACCGACGACGACGUCGACGUUGUUAAUCCAACUCGGCGCGUGCAUUAGUCAUAGGAGGAAUGAGGAUGACAGCCGGCCCAAGGGAACGGCGCCAGCACAACAACGAACCACCAGAGACCGAAACGGAAACAGAACCAGAACCAAGAGCCAACCGUGUGGCGGUAGCUAAGCAGUUAGCUUAAUUAAAUCUAAUAGCCAGAGAAGCGGCGGUAAACCAUGUUCAAGAUUAGGCAGCGGAACUGUAUGCUAAUAGUGACGGCCCUGGUGCUGGCGCCCUGCAUAGUGAUCCUGAUGGUGAUGGGGCCGGAGCUAUCCACCGAACAAUCGCUGACCCAGCGUCUGGCCGAGUGCCAUAUGCGGUUGCAGUAUCUAGAGUCCAUGUAUCGUGCCCGGCAGGAGGAUGUGUCGCUGCUCUCCCAGUACCUGGGACAGAUUCAAAUCGUUAGUAGGAAUGUGACCGGAGCAAAUGCGCCACCAUCACCGCCACCACCGCCUCUGCCUGUGAUCAAUCUGCUCGAUGGCCUGAGUCCUGAGGCAAGGCAGCUGCUGAAGAAUGCCUCGCACAUCAGUAGAGGAGGGAGUGGAGCGAAUGGUUCACUGGUUCAUGGUCAGAAUAUUCGUCUCCCGAAUGCCUAUCACUUUCUACCGCAUCUACUGGAUGAUGCUGGCUCCCUGCGACCGGCCUAUUUGCAGAGCAAAGGUCGUUCUGAUGUCAGCAUCGUGCUGGGAGUUCCCACAGUGCGAAGGGAGAAGCAGUCGUAUCUCCUUGGCACCCUCCACAAUCUCAUCGAGAACAUGAACGACGAGGAGCAGAACGAGACGCUGAUCAUUGUGUAUAUCGGGGAAACGGAUCUGGAGGCGGUGCAGCUGAUUGCCCGACAAAUUGAGGCUAGUUUUGAGCAGUAUUUGGAUAGCGGACUGAUUGAUAUCAUAGCGCCGGCGCCUAGUUAUUAUCCAAACUUUGAGCGGCUUCGCAUCACUCUGAACGAUCCCCUGGAGCGCGUCAAGUGGCGCAGCAAACAGAACCUGGACUUUGCCUACCUAAUGGCCUAUGCCCACUCGAAGGGCACCUUUUACGUUCAGCUGGAGGACGACAUACUGACCAAGCGACAGUUUAUCACCACAAUGAAGAAAUUCGCUUUGAUCAAGAGCGCACUCACGAAGCCCGAUCAGCCGGCGUGGUUCGUCUUGGACUUUUGCCAACUCGGCUUCAUUGGCAAGAUGUUCAAGAGUGCGGAGCUGCCCUAUUUGAUCACUUACUUCCAGAUGUUUUACAAUGACAAGCCCGUGGACUGGCUGCUCACCUACUUUAUCGAGUCGAAAGUGUGCCGCACGGACAAGGAUCAGAAGCAUUGCAAUCAGGAGAAGGCCAAGUAUUGGCAGCACUUCCGCAAGUCCCUGUUCCAGCACAUUGGCACCAGUUCAUCGCUGAAGGGCAAGGUGCAAAAGCUAAAGGAUAAGCAAUUUGGCAGCAAGGUGCCGCAGUAUUAUGCUCACACUCAUAAUCCGCCUGCCUUGGUCAAGUCCAACAUUGCGCCGUACAAGAACUAUAUUCUGAAGCGGGCUUAUCGCGGUGAAUCGUAUUUCUGGGGCCUGCUGCCUCAACCCGGUGAUCUUGUCCAGAUCAUAUUCGAACGACCCACGCAACUGCGACGCUAUCUCUUCCGCAGCGGCAACUCGGAGCAUCCAUCGGAUAGAUUCUACAACACCACCGUGGAGCUUCUGCCAGCGGAUACGCUCAGUGAGAACUCGUCCGUGUGGAGUAAUUUCAAUACCACCACGGAUGGCUAUCUGGUGGUCGGUGCCUUCGAUAGCUUGGGCGUUGCCGAGGGUCAGCUGGAUGCGAAGAUUGGUGCCAUCAAGGAGUUGCGUUUGCAUGUGCACAGCGACAGCGAAAAUUGGGCCCUGCUCAGCGAGAUUGAACUGCAGGAAUGGGGCAGUGAUCCCAAGUCGGAGGUGAAUGCAGCGAAGCCAAGAUUUGUGGCGGGCAGCUGAUUGCUACAUCGCCAUCGGCAGCGGCAGGAGGACCUCUGGGAGGAUUAGAAAGCAGAGGAAGGAGUUAACAACAAAUCGCUGAUCGAGUCCCUUUCCCAUCCACAAUUUGUCUAUAUAUCUGUCUAGGAGUUAGGUCGAUUUUGUGGACUGAGAAUCGUUUUGGGAGCAGAAAGUAUUAUUGAAAUGUAAAAACAUAAUUUACAGAUAAGGAUAAAAGUGUUGUUACUAGUAUCCAGGCUUCCCAACUGGUAAUUCUAAGGCCUUUCUUUCCUUUUUAAAUCUAUGAGUUCAGAAUUUUCUCUACACUUUUAAAAUACUUUCCGCUCUCACAAAGAUUUCUCAAUGUUUUUUUGCAGUCAAACCCAAAAUCGAUCUAUAUAACCCAAUGUACUGUACACAUCUGUAUGUAUAUUUUUUGAAUGAUGCUUUUUACACCCCCCUCUCGAUUAUAUAUCUAAAUGUGUAAAUAAUCUCCCAGAAAACUCUCUAAAUCAAUCUCUCUAACCUAAACUGUAAGUGAUCCUAGGACUAUAUGCUUGGCUCCUGACUAAAAUCAGAUGAGAAAAUUAUUACCAGAACCAAAUUUGUUAAGGUUUCUUUAACUGUUGAGUAAACUUUGUUAGUCAGCAGCCAAGCUAAGCUCUCAUAAAUCCCUGUGUAUCAUUCAUUGAUAUUGUUUGGUUCAAGUUAUAUGUUAUUCGAAUAUUAUAUAUAUAUAUUAACUUCUGCUUUAGUUUGUUAAGUGUUAAACUCUUUUUAUAUUGGCAGCUGAACAACAAAACGCACAUUCCAAUGAUUAUUUUGUUUUCCUUUUGCUGAAUCUUCACAAAGAAUCUCCAUCUCGAUUUAUAUCUUUAAUGAAAAUGUUUAAGUUUAGACUAUGUAUUAAUUGGUUCAAGUAUUCCUCUCUACACUUUAAUAAUUUAUCUUAAUUUAGUUCAGUUCAUCCAGUUCUAUAUAUCACUACCAUAUGUCCUUGAAGCCAUAACAUAAAUAUAAAGACCCUUUAAUAACAAGAUGCUUAACGCAUAAAUUAAAGGGUCUUUGAUACAUAAAUACCAUAUUAAACAUAUGCAAAUGGAUUUUUAGCAUUGUUGCUUUUUUACUGUGAUUUGUUGUUAAUAGUUUUUUGCCUAAAGAACAAUGAAUGAACUAAAUAAUAUAUAUACGCAAAGCUGAUUAGCAAAAUUGUCUAACGAAAUUCCAAAAAAAAGAACACUUUUUUAUAUACAAAAAACACACACCGAAAAUUAAAUAAUAAUUGGUUUAACUAAUUGGAAACGCCAAAUUUUUUAUGAUAGACUAUAAAAAUAAAACGAAACUGAAGAACAAAGAAACGAAGAAUGAUAAAUGUUUAAAAACUUGGUUCCUGUUGAGUAACGAGAAUUGUAAUGUGUAUAUAUAGUGGCAUAUCUUUGGUUCUAGCUAUCGAAAUAUAUAUUUAAAAUUAA